AAAAGGGAAAAAUUCGGGAAAAACUGGUCAAAAUUACUGAUUUAUUUACAAUAUAAACACCGAUUGAACCGAAACCACAAUUGGACAUGCCCUGCAUUGUACCAACCUGCGACACCCAUGAGGGGACAUUGAAGCGGUUCCCCAGAAUUGCUAUGCUCUCGAGACGCUGGCUCGAAGCAGUUCAGCUAGGUUGUGGCAUCGUGAUAGAAACGACAGACGACUUGAAGCAUCUCGAGAUUUGCGAUGCGCACUUCUCACAUUCGGAAAACCCAACGCUGGACGAUUGUAGCUACCGAGAACCUAGCAGAUUUCUUAAUUGUGAUGGAAACUCCGUCUACGUAAGUGGUUGCCGUCUUUGUCUAACGUUCUUUAACAAUAAUAACAUGGUCACGCCGCAAUCUUUCCUCGGGGAAACAAAUCUUGCAUCCCAUAUUUAUGUGUUAUUCAAUAUAAGCCUCCAGAAUGACGAUCUGCUUACACUAAUUUGCCAGGAGUGCUUCGUCCGAAUUGAGAUACUAUGUACGAUUAAACAAAAAAUCGCAAACACGGAACAAGCAUUCCAACAAUUGGUCCGGAUUGGACAGAAACAAGUUCUAGAGUAUGAUGUGAAACCUGAAUUAGAUACUUUUCCAGAGAAUAUUAGUAAGGAGGAAGUUGAUUUGGAGGAUUUUCUCGAUUCGGAGUCAUGUCUCGACGAUAACAGCAAUACUGUUCGGAAUUCGGGUUCAUCUGAGCUUAUGCCUAAAAUACAUGAAUCCCAACAGAGUAAGAGUGUAAAGCGUGUUAAAAGCGACAAAAUUAAUGAACCAUCAAUUGGUUUGGUGGAGUAUCUUAAGAGAAAGUGCUACAUCUGUGUCACAGUUUUCGCAGAUUCCAAUCAGUUGUUAUCGCACCUAGUGGAGAAACAUACUGCUAAAACGGUUUAUCGUUGCGAGGAAUGUUCAAUAGAUAUUCCCAUCUUGACAAUAUACAAUCGUCACUUGAGUCGGCACGAUGAAACGGAAAGGCCUUAUAAAUGCAAUAGUUGUCCGCUGCGAUUUGCGUCGCUCUCACAGUGUAAAAAACACGAAAAUACGCUGCACGAGGCAACACACAACAUAAAGAUGAUUAAGUAUGCGGAUAGGGAAAUAAUUUGUGAAAUUUGUGGCAAAAAGUUUCCGCGGGAAGGAAGACUCCAACUUCAUAUCCAGACGGUGCAUCUGAAAGUCGGAAUCCCCAAGUGUGACAAAUGCGAUAGAUCUUUUUAUAGCAAAACUAGUCUCGAGCGACACAUGUUGGUGCACACCAACGAGAAACCUUACUCUUGCGAUCAGUGCGAUAUGAAAUUUCGGCGUUUGCUUAAUAUGCGGAAUCAUAAGAGUCUGGUUCACGAAGGUAUAAAUCCGUACGUUUGUACUGAAUGUAAUGAAGAAUUUAAAGGUUACAUAGCCCUGUAUUGGCACCGUCAGAAAGUUCAUCUAAGAAAAUGUUCUGGCUACCCUUCCGAACACCAAAGUAGUCCCUUUGCAAUUUGUAAACUCUGUGACACACAUUUCACAAAGGUUCGUGAACUAGUCGAGCACAUUAAGCAGGAACACGGCAACGAAGAGUAUCCUUUUAUCAAAUGCGCAAAGUGCCCCCUAACCUUCGUCAACGUUAAUCGUCUAUCGCAGCACAAAUCCAUUCAUACGGACAAAUAUGCCUGCACGGUAUGCGGUACCCGGCAUACCAACGGUCAACAGCUACAGCAUCACAUGGAUUCCACACAUCCGGACGGACGGAAGUUCGAAUGUCCGACCUGCGGGAAAUCGUACGAUUCCACGCGUGCUCUAAAGAUACACGUCGCGCUUCAUACGCGACAGAAGCGGUUCCACUGUGAGUUUUGUCAAAAGGCUUUCGGUCGGAAUUGUCAGCUGGUCGUUCACCGACGUAUCCACACCGGAGAGAAACCGUUUCAGUGCGCUGGUUGUCUCAAGUGUUUUGGCGAUGCCGGGACAUUGUGGAAGCACAAAAAAAUAUGUCGAGAUUUGAAUGCAAAAAGUGAGCAGAUCGACGGUUCCAGUGGGGAGGAUUAGAGCAUUUCAUAUAUUUAAAAGUGUUUUCUUUUGCAAAAGUGCUUCAUUUGGAAAAAGUUUUUAAAACCCAACAAUUUUUUUUCUGAUCUUUUAACUCAAACAAAAGUUCUUCCAAUUGAAUAGCCGUCAUGCUGACAUAUACGGCUACACAUGUCUUUCUGUGUCGAAACAGCAAACAAAAAAAACGCUGUUGAAGAUAAAAAUUUUACUUAUUUGAAAGAACUGGAAACUAUUGCUAAAUUCACUGUUGCUACGCGAAAUUAGAUAAUAUUUCCAUUAUAAAUUGUUGAAAAUGAAUGUGUACAUAGAAAUACAGCUGAAGAGUUACUACAGCUGUAUCUGUAAUAAAUACGUCUUGCUGCCGCACCAUCUAAUCAGAUUGUUCUAAUAGUUACGCUUCACGGCUGUACUUGACAUGUGUUCGUAGAUUUCCUGAGAAUAAAAACAAUCUCUCCAGAU